UCCACCAGUGGUCUGUUUCAAGUUCCCCCAAUAGAAACUGUGCCUGAUUUGUGGCCAAUGUUGAAGAUGUAAAAAAAAAAAAAAAAAUAGGAGGAAAAAACAGUAAAGGGGUAGCUAUGGAGAUGGAACGUUAUCCUGGCCGCUUUCUUUGACAGGUGUUGAGUGGGGUAAAAAGUCUUAAAACAGAAUCCAGAAUGUACGCCAAAGGGAAAGGAGCUGUCGUCCCUUCCGAUAGCCAAGCGAGAGAAAAGUUAGCGUUGUACGUGUACGAGUACCUGCUGCACGUCGGGGCUCAGAAGUCCGCGCAGACCUUCCUGUCCGAGAUCCGAUGGGAGAAGAACAUCACGUUGGGGGAGCCCCCGGGGUUCCUGCACUCAUGGUGGUGUGUAUUCUGGGAUCUUUACUGCGCCGCCCCGGACCGCCGUGAGACCUGCGAACACUCCAGCGAGGCCAAGGCCUUCCACGACUACAGCGCUGCAGCUGCCCCCAGCCCGGUGAUGGGGAACAUGCCCCCCAACGAUGGCAUGCCGGGGGGGCCCAUGCCUCCCGGGUUCUUUCAGGGCCCCCCCGGCUCCCAGCCCUCGCCGCACCCCCAGCCCCCCCCACACAACCCCAGCAACCCCAUGAUGGGCCCUCACGGCCAGCCUUUCAUGUCUCCACGGUACCCAGGUGGACCCCGCCCCUCGCUCCGCAUGCCAAAUCAGCCUCCUGUGGGAGUUCCAGGGUCUCAGCCUCUCCUGCCAAACAGCCUGGACCCCACCAGACCGCAGGGUCACCCGAAUAUGGGCGGGCCAAUGAGAAUGAACCCCCCCAGAGGGAUGGGAGGCAUGGGCCCACAGAACUACGGCGGGAUGAGGCCUCCCCCGAACUCCAUGGGCGGCCCGGGAAUGCCCGGCAUGAACAUGGGUCCAGGAGGGCGUGGUCCGUGGCCCAACCCCAACGCUAACUCGAUAGCAUACUCUUCCUCAUCUCCGGGCAACUAUGUGGGUCCGCCGGGGGGAGGGGGUCCACCAGGCACUCCCAUCAUGCCCAGCCCGGGAGACUCCACGAAUUCCAGCGAAAACAUCUACACAAUGAUGAACCCCAUCGGCCCAGGAGGAAACAGACCCAACUUCCCGAUGGGCCCGGGUCCUGACGGGCCGAUGGGGGGGAUGGGCGCCAUGGAGCCGCACCACAUGAACGGGUCGCUAGGGUCAGGUGACAUGGACGGGUUGCCAAAGAACUCUCCGAACAACAUGGCGGGCAUGAACAACCCCCCGGGAACGCCGCGGGACGACGGGGAGAUGGCCGGAAACUUCCUCAACCCAUUCCAAAGUGAAAGUCCCCCCGGGAUGAUUCUGGAACGCGGGUCUCACGUCCUCACGCCCGUCCACCCCGGAGCCUGCAAGAUGGCCGUGGGCAGGAAGCAGUCACAGAGCCACAGGAAGAGCCUCCUGGCCGACUCCGCCCCACUCCCGGGUUUCCUGACCGGCUCGGGACAGUGAGCGCACGGACGCCAUGGGGGGGCUACCGGCUCCCCCUCCCCUCUCCUCCUUUUAGUUGUUUUUUUUAACAAAAUUUUUUUUAAAUACAAAAAAAAAGAAAGAGAAAAAAAAACCUCUCCAUACAGUAGAAUGACAAUGAGACGGGGUGGAGACUCAUGUCUUGUCUCACUAACGUGUACAUUUCUAGAGACAAAUGGGGGGGAAAAAAAAGAAAAACAGAGACUUGUUAUCGAGGCAAGGAAGGUAUUCACUAUUCUGUGUAUGUAUUGUACUAUUAAUAUUAUUAUUGUUAUUAUUUUUAUUAUUAAUAUUGUCCUGAUUAUUCAUUUCAUUUUUUCCUCGGUUUUUAUUUUUUUUCCUCCUGCAAAGGGCACAUUUAUCUCCGGUAGCAGCGACAGUCAUGACAGGAGGGGAAGAAGCACACUCUCUCAAAAAUGCACAGUGGCACCCGUGUUUACAUGGUCUUAGGUGUUUGUUGUCGGUGUUUUUUUGGUUUUAUUUUUUUGUGCUGAAUUUUGGUUUAAUUCUCCUGGGUUUAAUGUACCCUGUUUGUAGACAUCGCUAAACGGCAAUCGAGCCACGCCCCUCAGUAGCUCCUCCUCCUGUUCUGCUUUUUCCUAAGAUUACAGUCCUGUGUUUUUGGUCAUAUGUGCCUACUUCUUAAGAACUGUUGUGGGGGCGUGGUGGUUAUCCAAUCCGCCGAUGCUGAUUGGCGGAGUGUCCCGCACUCUCCCAUCUCUUCUUUUCUUUCUGAUUGGUGGAUUCAGGUUGAUGCUGGCUCUCUCAGCACAUGCCAGUCAAAACUGUCCACCCACCCCAAAAAAAUAAAUAAAUAAACUGGAGUAGCUCACGUAGGCAUUUCCUACUCUACCUUUCUCAUAAUCACAUGGCCAUGGUCAAUUUUCCUGGUUCUCCCCGAGGAUAACAGGAGUAGGAGUGAUGUCAUCAUUUCCUGCAUAGACACCAGAGAGGCGCUCCACCAAUCACAGAGCACGUUGGUAAUGAGAGACACAAGUGCCGAUGGUGAUUGGUGGGUAGUUAGAGUAGCUGGACGUUAAAUCCACCAAUUACCACUGCCGUUGUCCUGAUUGCUGUUUUACCAGCGUGCUCUGUGAUUGGUUGACCUCCUCUCUGGGUGUCUAAUAUGGUCUCCCUGGUUCACCCUGAGGGCUGCUAACUCUCUUCACUGGCUAUAAUGGUACUAAAAACCUCCUAAUGGUCGCAGAAAUCCCAGUUUUCUCCGUCUGUCUCCUUCCAUCGGUCUGUUCAGCCUUGAUAUGGGCCCUGCUCUUUCAGUUUUUAGUUUCAGUUGGAAUUGUUGUUGUGUAUUUUAUUUAUUGGUUUUAAAA